AUGGACGCCAACGAUCCCAGCAACGACCUCUCCGACGACGACGGCACCAACUCGGACACGUCCGACGACGUCGUUGAAGUCGCCCCCAACGAGAUUCCUGGAUACUUCCAGGAGCGGGGCGGCAGACUCUUCCAUUCUCAUGGUGGCUGCCCGUAUCCUUUGCCCGUGGAUGCGGAAGAGCAGCAAAGACUAAAUGGGCUGAGCGCUUUGGUGCGCCGGCUAAUCGGAGAUUCCUCCGUUGGGCCUGUGCGCGACCUGCUCGCCCUUGCUCCUGGCGAGCAGCGCCGCGUCGUGGAUCUCGGCACUGGCACCGGUCAAUGGGUGCUCGAUAUGGCACGGGAGUUUCCGCACGUUCGUAUUUACGGCGUCGACAUCGUACCUAUUGCGACGCGGUACCCGCCCCCUAACGUCACUUUCGAGAUGCACGACAUCAUGACGCCGCUCCGGUACGCCGCUGGUUCCAUCGACAUGGUUCACGCGCGCUCCAUCACGAUGGCGGUUCGCGACUACCGCGCGCUUAUCCAAGAGGCCUCGCGCGUGCUCCGGCGCGGCGGCCUCUUCGUCUCGUGCGAGUGGGCGCGAUCGCCUGCCAUGGAAGACGGCAGCGACGUCAGGGUCCGGGCGCCGCGUGCGUGUGCGUUCUUCGACGCCGUGCGCGAGACCCUCCGCGUUCGCCGCGGGAUCGAGUGCAUCGCUGCGCACAUCCCCCAGCUCCUCGUGGAGUCGCGGCGGUUCAUCAGCGUCGAGACGAGGGCGUUCCGUGUCCCCGUCGGCGACUGGCCGAACGAGCCUGACAGGAAGGAGCUCGGCCGCGACCUCCGGGAGUUGAUGGUGUUGUACGCGCGGUCGGUGUUCCCCCUCCUCUCCGAGGGGCCGUCCGCCAGGUACGCCGGCGCCCUCGUCGAGGACUACAUCCGUGAGGUCCGGAGCGUCUCCGGGAUGGUGGCCACUUGCUACACCGUCCACGCCCGGCGCGUGUAA